AUGGUAAAACGCUCUCAAUCAGACAUUCUACUUUUAGGAACAAUGGGUGAUUCUUCUUCUUCGACGGGAACGGGAGAGAAAAGAGCGCAUGAAACUUCAUCAGACAGUCCGGAUAUUAAAAUUGAAGCGGAAUGGAAGAGUAACUCUGUCGAACGGUCAGACUAUGUUGUUGUGGCCGACAGCAGUGGUGAAGCGAUGGAAUUACCAACAGCACCGGAUAAUUCUUUAUAUAUGACUACACUUCAAGCCACCUAUCCUGGUGCAACGGGAAUGAAAUAUAAGAAUCCUAAAACGGGCGCUUUACGAGCUGUGGCGGUUGAUGCUACGGGCACGAAACUUCUACCUCCAGUUGAUGGUUGGGAGGAUAAGGUAUUCACUGUGAUCACAUCAAGCUCGCGCAACGAUCGAGGAUCGGAUGUAAGUGUGAAACGUCGGAAGAUUGGAACAAGUGAUGGAGAGUCCGACAGUGACGGUGAGGGUCGAAUUGGUCGGAAACGUGCCGCGGACUCUCGAGAGACUGCGGUCGCCGAACCACCGCUACCACGCCGACCCGUUGAUCUCAUCGUACUCGGCGUGAAUUACAAGACAACUGACGAAGGAUUCAAGUCCUACUUUGAAGCUUUUGGUACAGUGGUGUUUUCUGAGAUCAAACGUACCCCAGAGGGUUCUUCCAAAGGUUUUGGCUUUGUACAGAUGAGCACAGUAGAAGAGCAAGAUAAGGUUCUUGCGACCGCCAGUCACAUGCUAGACGGUCGCCGAUGCGAAGUACGAAUCCCUGAUCAGAGACACGAUAUCCAUGGAAAUACACCUGGUGCUAGCCGUGCAGUGGUUCCAUCGAAAACGCUUGUGAACAAAGUGUUUGUUGGACGCCUUUCAGAGAAAAUCGAAGCGGAUACCUUGCGUAGCUUUUUCGACAAAGAAGCAAAACAAAUCGUGGAAUCUGCAUCUGUAACCGACGUAUUUAUACCGCAUCCGUUCCGAGGUUUUGCUUUUAUUACAUUCACACAUUCCGAAGUGGCUGAUAGACUGGUGAAAGCAAACAAUUUUGUGAUUGAUGGAACAUCUGUGAGUGUUACACUAGCUGUUCCACGAGAAGAUCCACAUCAAAACGCUGCCGGGUAUUUCAAUGACUUUGGCUUCCCAUAUGGAUACGCUAAAGGCGGUGCUGGAUUUGGAGGAGCAGGAAUACCAAAUAAUGGUCACUAUCCCGCUCGGGAUGUGUUCGGGUACAGUCCUCCUCCAGGAGUGUAUAGCCGUGCUCCAUACGAUGGAUGGGUUCCACCGCCGUCUAUUCAAGGCACACCUCGAUCAAGCCGAAAUGGACCACCCCUUGAACAACCAUGUGUACGAAAUCGAUAUCAUCCAUCUAUAUCGAAAGAAGCAGCUUUCCCUGGCCCCGUACCUCCCCAAGGCCCAUCACCGGUUGCUCCACCUCCACUAGCAUAUGUUUUCCAUCAAAGGGAUGGAUUGACGGGCCAAGCAGCUUCAAAUCAAAUAGCAAGUGGUUUGGAUGCGUUAAAUUUAAAUCAAAAGAAUCCAGAAUUAUUAAAUGCUGCAUGGAGUGCGUUCUUCAGUACAUUAAAUAACGGUGGAGCUUCACCGCAGCCACGAAAGUGGUAG